AUGACCACUCUUCGGGUACUGUUGCACGUUGCUGCUCAGCGUGACUACGAGCUCCACUCGCUUGACUUCAGCACAGCCUUCCUACAGGGCAGCGUGCGCGAGAAGAUCUGGCUGUGCUGCCCACCUGGCUUCACUGGGUCGUUUCCAGCUGGUACCAAGUGGAGCCUCCGGCGGCCAGUCUACGGUCUCCGCCAGGCACCCCACGACCUCGUCUUUUCUACUACUGACAAUGAGGCACUCGCCCACGUGAAGUCCAAGCUGCAGAAGAGACACACGUGCACAGACCUGGGUGAGCUAACAAGCUAUCUUGGCUUGCGGAUCACCCGGGACAGAGCACAGCGCACCAUUACCUUGACUCAGUCACACAUGGUGCAGCAGGUCCUUCAGCGCUUCGGCUUCACCUACUCCUCGCCACAGUCCUCUCCUCUGCCUACCAGUCACUCGCUCUCUGCUCCACCUUCGGACGAGUCCGUAGAGCCGAGUGGCUCAUAUCCAGAGCUUCUGGGCUGCCUCAUGUACCUGAUGAAUUGCACACGACCUGACCUCGCAUACCCUCUCAGCCUUCUGGCUCGCUACGUGGCUCCCGGCAGGCCUCGAAAGGUGCAGUGGGAUGCUGCAAAGAGGGUGUUGUGA